AUGGCCACUCAGAAGGCAGUUGACACUCACGAUUAUGUCUCCUCACCAGCCGAAGGGGUAGACAAGCUAUAUGAUCUUUUGGAGGCGCACCAAUCUCGCCUCUCACCUCAGGGACAAGAUUGGGCGAAAAAACAUUGGUUUCAACCGCAGAGUGUACUAGACAGGAUAAGGGUACUGCAGAAGGAAGCUAGGGUUAGAUCUGGGAAAGGAAAAGCAGUAUUUUGCGUAGCACUUGGAGCGAGUCUGGCAGCAGGGGUGGAAGAUAGGAAGCAGAGGCCUUGUCAAGCCGAUGUCACAAUAGACUCACUGCAUAUGGUCAUAAAGUCACUGCAGGAACAAUUGGAAGAAAACAAGCCAUUAUUGCAGGAGGAGAGAAAUCAAAAUGUCAUACUGAAGGAAGAAUUGAGGGAUCAACUUUUGAGGGAAGCAGAUACACUGGCGGAGGUAGAGGUUAAACUUUCAGAGAAAGGGAUAUGGCAAAUUUCUCCUCAGGGAGGCUUGCAGAAGGCAAGGGAAACUGUAGAAAGGCUCCCUCACAUGUAUCCACUGGUUAAAACGUACUUGUAUGAGGACAAUAACAACGACCAUCCUCAAGUUCUCACCAAAGAAGUCCCAUUUACAGCAACUGAACUAGCAAAGUUGAAAAAAGACUUUGCAAGAACUCCAAAGGAAUUAGAGACAGAAUAUGUGUGGAGAGUGUCCCUGUCAGGGAGGGAUGGAAUUUUGUUGUCGGAGAAAGAAGCAGAAGGAUAUUGGGGUCCGGGUGUGUUCUUAACUACAGGUAAUCGCUGAGCCCCAUGGUCAUUAACCCAGAGGGCUGUGUAUUGGGCCGGAGGGCUGAACCCUUUGGAGAGGGGAGAUCCCCUUGCCAUAACAGGUAUGGUGGAUCUGUUAGUGGAAAAUGUGCAGAAAGCAGCCUGUCUCCAAAUGAUGUAUGAUCGGGAGCUCAAGCCCAACCAGAGUUCCCCGAUGACGAUGCCUGUAGAUCCAGAGAGGAUGACUCCCCUGAUCCGGGGACUCCCUGACUCCCUGAAACCCAUUGGGAUCCAAUUACAGGGGAAAAUUCAAAAUACUUCUGAAGGAGAAAGAACUACAGCUACUCUGGAAGGGAUAAUAACCCCUGACCAUGGGUGGUUGGGAAGGAAAGUGUGGAUGUGGGGGGAGGUAGCGCAGGAAUUAAUUAAUUUUGGGAGAAAAUAUGGCCCUGUUGGUGGAUCAUUCCAAAAAACCAAAACAAGGGUUGUACAGUCUGCAGAGCAAGUUAAAAGUUGGCCGCUGUCAAUUGGUAAGGGCCAGGAUUUGAGGCCACUCCACAACAAUCAUCCAGGGAGAGAGAGACCCCUAAGUCAACAGGGGUUAUGGCAUCUAGGGCUUCAGAAGGGCAUUCCUCAAGACCUGAUGGAUGAACUCCCGACCCAAAAAUUGGAAAAACUUGUACAGAAAUGGUCAGGGAAGAAGGCCACUCUCGGAUUAGUUCCCGAUGCUCCACCCCUGAUAGAUCUUGAGGGGGAGCUGACUAGGGAAAAGGUGGAAAACUAG